CACUACUUUUAGCAUGUAUAGAGCAGCAUAUCUUCACCAGACUCCAUGUUAAUAAUAAUAAUUUGCUGCAGGACUCACCUGGAGAAGACUGACGAUGCCUGGAAGACUGUGGAGUAAAGCUAUCUUCACCGGCUAUAAGCGCGGUCUGAGGAACCAGCGUGAGCACACGGCCCUCCUGAAGCUGGAGGGAUGUUACAGCAGAGACGAGGUGGACUUCUACCUCGGGAAACGCUGCGCCUACGUCUACAAGGCCAAGAAGAACACGGUGACGCCGGGCGGUAAGCCCAACAAGACGCGUGUGAUCUGGGGGAAGGUGACGCGGGCGCACGGCUGCAGCGGGAUGGUCCGCGCCAAGUUCAGCAGCAACCUGCCGGCCAAGGCCAUCGGGCACCGGGUCCGCGUGAUGCUGUAUCCCUCCCGGGUGUGAAGAAGAAGAGUCUGCAGUUCUUCUUCUUGUUUGUACAGAAACAAUAAACGUGAUCAGCCAAU